GCGAGUGGAGCGCACGGCUGAGACGGCAGCGUCCGGGACGGCUGCACGGGACGGCUCCGUAGGAAGGAACUCGGGUCCCAGGCCCUCACCUCCCGCCCCCGAAGAUUCAAAAUGGAUAGUAUAGAAGAACCUCAGAAAAAAGUCUUCAAGGCUCGAAAAACAAUGAGAGCGAGUGACCGCCAGCAGCUUGAUGCUGUGCACAGAGUCAAAGAGGAGCUGCUGAGGACGGACGGGAAGCUGGUGAAUGGGAACCAUGAGAACGGAGACCUGGAUCCCACGUCACCUUUGGAAAAUGCAGACUGUGUUCAAGAGAGAGAAGAAGUGAAUGGUAUCGAUGGCGUUUGUUUGGAAUCUGAAGAAAGUAAAACAGAAUGGAAAGAAACACCUUGUAUCCCCAAUGUUGGUGUAAAAAACAAGCAAGAAGAUUUGAAUAGUGAAGCUUUGUCCCCCAGUAUAACUUCUGAUCUUGCUUCUAAAGUAACCACUGAACCAGCUUCUGGUACCCCAGCCUCUGAUAACCCAAGCUGUGGUACCCCAGCCUCGGAUAACCCAGCCUCCGAUAACCCAGCCUCGGAUAACCCAGUCUCUGGUGAUCUGACUGCAGGAGAGCUGGCUACUAGAGUACCAGCUGCCGAUGACUCUGCCUGUGAGGAGCCUCCCUCCAGUGAUGCCUCCUCUAGUGAUCCCUCUUCCAGUGAUCCCUCCUCUAGUGAUCCCUCCCGUAGUGAUCCCAUCUCUGGAGAUACUGCUUCUGAAGAACCCGCCUCUGAUGAUCUUGUCUCUAGUGAGUCCACCUCCGGUGAACCAGUUUCUGGUGAGCCAAUGUCUCAUGAACCAGCUUCAGGUGAACCAGCUACAAGUGAACCACCUUCAGAUGAAGCAGUCAUGGAUGCAGUGGCAUCUUGUGAACUGGCCCCUGGGGAAUCAGCUUUGGAUGAUUGUGCCACCUCUGGUGAUUUACCUUCUGAGGAUCUGCCUUCUAGUGAGGAAUCCCUUCGUAAGUCUGUCUGCUGCAGACUGGCUUCUGGUGAUCUGACUCCUGGUGAGCUCACUGUGGAGUCAGCCACUGACACUUUGAAACCAAGUUCAGUGUCAGUUUGUGAACCAGGUCCUGACACUGACAAGACAGAGCAGGGUAGCAAUAAGAGUGAUGAUUGUUCAGACAAGAGUGAAGACAAUGAAAACUUAGACCGAAUUCAAAGAAAAGACUCAUUUGAUGAGGGAAAUAAAGUGAACAGCAAUGUUGGUGACAAGGAAGAAACUGUAGAAACACAUAGUGCAAUUAUUUGUUCUGAUCUACCUCCAGAAAAUACGAAGAAGGUAGAGGAAGAUCCUAUUGCUGAGCCUGCUCUUGAAGAAGAAGCCAUCUCCAGCAGCAUGGAAGUUGACCAAAGCGAAAAGGAUGGGCAUGAAAGUCCUGCAGAACUUGUAGAAGCUGUCCGUGAGGACCCCGCAGAAGAGGACAAGAAGGGUCCUGCCUUGGACAACACGGAUUCUAUGGAAACAGAUGAGAUCAUCCCUAUUCUGGAAAAACUUGCACCCACUGAGGAUGAACUGAGUUGCUUUUCAAAAACCUCCAUCCUUCCAGUUGAAACAAGUCAAGAUUUGGAGGAUAAAAUGGAGGGUUCUUUUGGCUCACCCUCAAAACAAGAAAGUAGUGAGAAUUUGCCAAAAGAAGCCUUUUUAGUUCUUUCUGAUGAAGAGGAUAUUUCAUGUGGAAAAGAUGAGCCUGAAGUCCUAGCACAGACUAAGAUGGGCUCUCCAGAGGGAGAAAAGAGUGAGAAAGACAGCAAAGCCGAGGAAGAGGAGCGAGUGCCAGCCGAGGAGCCACCCAUGAGAAAUGAAUUUUCCAGACGAAAACGUUCUAAGUCAGAAGACAUGGACAGUGUGCAGUCCAAACGCCGGCGAUACAUGGAAGAAGAAUACGAGGCUGAGUUUCAAGUAAAGAUCACAGCCAAAGGAGACAUCAACCAGAAGCUUCAAAAGGUCAUACAGUGGUUGCUACAAGAAAAACUGUGUGCCCUACAGUGUGCUGUGUUUGAUAAGACGUUGGCAGAAUUAAAAACUCGAGUGGAGAAGAUCGAGUGCAACAAGAGGCAUAAGACAGUGCUCACCGAGCUGCAGGCCAAGAUAGCCAGACUAACCAAACGUUUUGGAGCAGCCAAAGAUGAUCUUAAGAAAAGACAAGAAAUCCCUCCAAACCCACCCAUAUCACCAGGAAAGCCUGCCAGUGAUGUCAACAGCAAUAAUAAUGUGUCCUACAGAAAUGCAGGCACAGUGCGACAGCUGCUGGAGUCCAAAAGAAAUGUUAGCGAGGGUCCACCAUCAUCCUUUCAAACUCCUGUGAAUACAGCGUCUUCAGCCAGUCAUGCCACGUCUACAGCAGUUGUCAGUAGUCAGCCGAAGCUGCAGACCUCAGCAACCUCAGGUUCCCUGCCGGCAGCACCUCUUCUUCCUGCGCCCAGCACAGCCACAGUAGUCGCCACCACUCAGGUGCCUAGUGGGAACCCACAGCCUACGAUCUCGUUGCAGCCCUUGCCCGUGAUUCUUCAUGUGCCUGUGGCAGUAACCUCUCAGCCUCAGCUCCUGCAAAGCCAUCCAGGGACUUUAGUGACCAAUCAACCAUCUGGCAAUGUGGAAUUCAUAAGUGUGCAAAGCCAACCUACAGUGAGUGGUCUUACCAAAAAUCCGGUCUCCUUGCCACCCUUGCCAAACCCCACGAAACCAAACAUUCCAUCAGUGCCCAGUCCUAGUAUUCAGAGGAACUCUUCAGCCCCUGCUGCACCUUUGGGAACAACACUUGCUGUGCAGGCCGUUCCAACUGCACAUUCUAUUGUGCAAGCCACGAGGACUUCUCUGCCCACAGUAGGCCCAUCAGGACUCUAUAGCUCGUCGAGCAGUCGAGGCCCACUACAGAUGAAAAUCCCAAUCCCCGCAUCAUUUAGCACUUCAUCUUCUGCAGAACAGAGUAGCUCUGCCACCCCACGAAUUGAAAACCAGACGAACAAAACAAUAGAUUCCACUGUUAAUAAGAAAGCAGCCGAUAGCACAUCACAGAGUGGAAAAGCUUCUAGCAAUGACUCAAGUGGUGUCAUUGAUCUCACGAUGGAUGAUGAAGACAGUGGAACGACACAAGACCCCAAAAAGCUAAACCCUCCUCCUGCGCCUACUGUGAGCACUUCUCAGCCCGUGUCUCGACCGCUGCAGCCCAUUCUACCAGCACCUCCUCUCCAGCCAUCUGGGGUGCCGACAAGUGGUCCAUCUCAGGCAACUAUCCAUGUCCUGCCUACAGCUCCAACCACCGUGAAUGUAACACAUCGUCCAGUAACUCAGGUGACCACAAGACUCCCUGUCCCAAGAGCUCCUGCAAACCACCAAGUGGUUUAUACAACUCUCCCAGCACCGACCGCUCAGGCUCCCUUACGAGGAACUGUUAUGCAGGCUCCUGCUGUUCGUCAGGUCAAUCCUCAAAAUAGUGUUACAGUUCGAGUGCCUCAGACAACCACGUAUGUUGUAAACAAUGGACUGACCCUAGGAUCAGCAGGGCCUCAGCUCACGGUGCAUCACAGGCCACCACAAGUGCACAAUGAGCCCCCACGCCCUCUGCAUCCAGCGCCCUUACCAGAAGCCCCACAGCCGCAGCGUCUGCCCCCGGAAGCUGCCAGCACUUCUCUGCCUCAGAAACCACACUUGAAGUUAGCGCGCGUUCAGAGUCAGAAUGGCAUUGUUCUGUCGUGGAGCGUCCUGGAAGUGGACCGAAGCUGUGCUACUGUGGACAGCUACCAUCUGUAUGCCUACCAUGAGGAGCCCAGUGCCACCGUGCCCUCACAGUGGAAGAAGAUUGGGGAAGUCAAAGCCCUGCCCUUGCCGAUGGCUUGUACUCUCACGCAGUUUGUGUCUGGCAGCAAAUACUACUUCGCAGUGCGCGCCAAGGACAUUUACGGCCGGUUUGGGCCUUUCUGUGACCCUCAGUCCACGGACGUGAUCUCCUCCUCCCAGAACACUUAGACCUUGGAGUCCUUUAGCUUCCACUUUUGACAGUUUCACGUUUUGGGCUUGUUUUAAUCUUGUGCAUGAAAUUCAAUGUAAAAAUCACCUUGUGCAAGAUCUCCUGGACAGAUGACUGUAUACACUACGUUUGUUUAUAACCGGAAGCAAAAUAAAUUCAGCCCAUAAAGCAAGUCUUCCCUGAACAAUUCAAACUUCAGGGUUUUGAAAUGUAUAUUUAUUCCUUGCUUUGUUUUUGAGGCUGGGGAAUACGUAUGGGUGUUUGUGUGUUUUCUUCCUUUCUUUGAACUUUUAAAUUUCUAGUUGUGUGUCUAUCACAGCGUGAUCUCCCGUUUCCCUCUCAGAUUUACCUCUCUUCCAGUAGGAAGUGUAUUGAGACUCUGAGGUGCAGAGCUGGUGGGAUUCUGCCUCGUAGGGAGGCUAGAAGAUUAGAGAAUCCAAACAAAACCCAAAGAAAGAAAGAAAGGAAAAUAUUUAGCUUAAAGUAGAUGGAUUUGAGCAGAGGAAACAUUCCCUCUGUGUGUUCUUUGAUUUCUUCUGAGUUGCUGACGAGGUGAACAAUGGCCUACCCUCACCCCAGAUUCCUAAUCUGGCUUCUCCUUUUGUGUUUGUGCCUUAACUACAGAAGUCCACAGACCACAGACCGUGUGCCCAUUGGUGUAGCUUUCUUUCAGCUUCCAUUGGUUCUUAAUUGCCACCAAAAAUCCCAUACCCUUUAAGUGUUUUAGAAACAAGGUGUGGACAUGUGUAUGCUCAUUCUCUGUGACAUCACUGCAUUCAGCUCCAAAGUUGUGACUUACUGUUAUGUUUUAAGAACAUAUUUUUAUUUUUGCCCAUCAUUUAACUCUGCAUAAAAUAGGCCAUAUUGUUUAGGAACAAAUUUCUUAGCCUGUUUAAUAUCCAUGUUACACUGUUAGAGACUCUGAAGGAAGUUCUUGUUCAUCUCUGCACUCCUGGGGUAGUGUCCUUUCAAAGGCAGUGCACGUCAGAAUUCAUGGAAGACCAGGGGAGCUCUCUUUCCUCUUGACUCUCAUGAGGUCCUUGCUGCUUUCGUCUUAACUGUUUUGCUGGUGCCAAUUGGAGUGUGACUUCAUCAGCUUUGGAUGUAGCCUCAGUGCUGUCCUUUGGGUCAUUCCACACUGCAGGUAGAUCUGCUCACUUUACUGUUUCUCAUUCCUUCAGAAGGUCACUAGACUCAGGCUCAGCCUUGCAUUUCCAAGGCUUGGCAACUGCAGGGAGUCAGCAGGUACUUUCAAGACCUGAGGGGAGGACGAGCAUUUAGGGAUGAGUGAGGCGUUCGUGGAGUCUGAAGGCACUUUUGAGCUGUCUUCCCUCAUGGUAUUUUAAGUUGUAUUUCUACCUUCACAAGCUGCAUCGGCUGUUCCCUUGUCCUGGCAUAAAAGCAGGAGCUUCGUUCCUUUGUGUAGUUGCCCCUGUGAUGGCUUACAGAAGGAAUCGUUACGACGAAAUUGUCUUUGGUGACUUCACCGGGUGGUGUUCUGUCAUCUUUGGUAUGACCGUUAGUUAAUGAAGGAAGCCUGCAGUUGCCAAGAUGUAAAUGCUCCUCCCCUUCACUGAGAAAAAGGAGAGCAUGUGAGAAUCACUUUCCCACAAGUUAGACUUGGCUGGCAGUCAUGUAGCUAGGACUGCUAAGAUGCACGAUCAUGGGGAGUCGUUGCCAGUGUUACGGUAAUGGGAUUUGGAAAGGAAGAAAUUUUCUGUGAGUACCUCUGUACUGUGUUCCUGUCAUGUGGGUACAGUGUUGGUCUUCUGUUCAACAUCAUUCCUGUCUGUAGUAGAAAGCACAUAUUCAAACUGGUUUUCACUGGCGGGUCUGCUCACUGGCUAAUGAAAGUUUCUCUGGAUGAAUAUGUUUGUUUAUAUUUAGUAAUUGUUAUAUAUUUACUAGUUUUUUUUUUUAAGUUUCCAUAGUGUUCUAUAAUCAUGUGAGGAAAGCCCAGUGGAAUUAAUAUUAUUUUAUUGUUUUGGCUUUUACUUGGGUGUUUUUUGUCAAAGGAAAAAAAAAUCCCAAAUAAUGGCUCUAGAUGUAGGUUUACUGCAGAAGGUAAUUACUGAAAACUGUUUGUUCCAGAUUGGAAAGAAGGUGUAGGCAGAGACUGUAAUUAAGAGGAAAAUACACUUGCGGACAGUUUCCUCAGGUAAUCUAUCAUGAUGCUUUCUUUGGGCAGCAACCAUGUUGGGUUUCCCAAAUGUGCUCAACUCAUGAGGCAAAGUGUAGGUGCUGAGGGGUAUUGGCUUUUUAUCUGGCUGUCUGUGGGGGAGAGUGGAGGACUUUUUACUCCAGGUAUCUCUUCUCAAAGUAUUACAAAUAAGCUCAGUUGUCCCAUUUUUGGGGGAUUCAAGUUUGCUACAUUUUUAGCCUGACAAUACUGGUAAGUAUUGCCUUACUGGGACUCCCGGAAACUUCUGAAAAUUUUUAGAUGAAGCAUCAGAUGUUUAUAUAGUAACUAGUGGUAACAGCUGUGUUUGUUACUCUCUCCUUUGCACUUUGAGUACUUUUCACCCUGUUUUAAGUGUGAGUAAGCCUCUUUGUGUUCUUCCUAAUGGCAUACAAAGACACCAUGUUGUAACAGUUCACUGUACAAGGUGUCUGUGUCCCUCUGUUUCUCCAGGCUCGAUUUUUUUUUUUUUUUAAAUCUGCAGAGUGCUUUGUGUACUGUGUGAUGCAGUAUGACUUUAUGAAAGGAACAGAGCUUUCUUCCUGGGAAAUACUUGUUGGGCUAGCAUUUGCCUCACAGACAGGUGUUCUUCCCCCUACUCCCACCUAUGCCAGAUAAAGGAUACCUUUGCAAACAGGAUGAAAAGCAAGCAUGGGACCCAGUGGCGUCUCUCCAGAGCUCUCUUCUAGUAUUGGACAGGUGUUCUGAUGGCUUGCUCCAGUUACUUUAAAUAUCCUCAGAAUUACCACUUAGUGUCAGUGUGAUAUGGCAGGUAUUUCACUUCCCAUGAGUCUCCCAGUACCGGAUAUGAUUCAGAAUGCUCUGUGAGGCUUCCUCUCUUGACAUGCUGUGAUUUCACCCCAUAGGUACUACAAAGAAAGCUUUCAAGUGUCCUCCUGACUCCUCGGGCCAUUUCAGUAUCCUCAAUAUGGUAAUUUUAUCCCACUUGCCUGUGAUUGGGUGGCCUGUUUGAUCCCCAUGGAACUACACAUGUCCUGGUGGUAUAGAGAAUACCUGUGUAAUCAUGUGAUUCUGUCUUCCUUAAUUAUUUUCUGGGCAAAUGGCUUUAAAAAAUAUUUAAGGGACAUGGGUUUGUUGGAGUAGGAGACUGAGCCAGCCGAAAGGGAGGAGCCGAAGUCACUCUGCUCUCGUCCUCAAAUGACUUUAUCAUGUUUGAGCUUUUGUUUUGUGUUUUAUAUGUAGCAAUAGCUGAGUACCUAUCAUUUAAAUAUUUAAAUGUUUUCUUUUUCUUUUUGUAAAUAAGGGAACUAAGCAAUCACAUACCUUCUGGGUGGUCCUAGCUUGAGGAUUUUAUCAACCAUUUCAAAUGUAAAAGUAAACCCCUGUAGGAAACUCGCAUCCUAAUGUCUGUUUGUUGCAGUUGGAAAUGUAAAUAAUAAGAUGCCGUAAGACCCUCUCAAGGUCUAAUGCUAACUGGGCUGUAGCAGGUUGGUUGCCCUUUUUUUUUAUUAGGUUUUGAAGGUUUUAAUUUUCUUUCCUAAAUGUACAGUAGAGUGGUGUCCGUUUUAAGUGUUGACUGUAGUGGGGUUUGUCCAGCAAGCCUGAACUUUAUACUUUGAAAUAAAUGACUGGGUUUUUAACAUUCUGAGUACCCUGA